AUGGUACUUGUCGGCGGCUUGGCCCUUUUCUCAGACGGUUACAAUGCACAGGUCAUCGGAUACAUGAAUCCUCUCUUUGCAGAGCUGUAUCCGGAUGCAUUCACCUCGACCAUCAAGACCAGAUUGUCCAACGCGUUUCUUAUCGGUGAAGUGUUUGGCAUGCUGUUCUUUGGCUGGGGAAUCGACAAACUUGGUCGCCGGACUGGUAUCUUCUUUGCAACUCUGUUUUUAAUCUUGGGUAUUAUUCUGGCUACUGCGGCGCAUGGCAAAACCCCCACUGGCAUGUUUUGGAUGAUGAUCGUUGGCCGUGGUGUUGCUGGGUUCGGAGCUGGAGGAGAAUAUCCCACGUGCGGUACUGGCAGUGCCGAAGCUUCGGAUGAGACUGCCUUUGUGAGGCGACGCCGUGGCAUGCUCGUCGCUGUCGCUACUGAUUUCGCCAUUGAUCUGGGAUUUGUGAUGGCCGGUGUCAUCGUGCUCAUUGUCCUCGCAGCCUACCAUCAGCAUAUCAACGAUGGCGUGUGGCGUGUCUCCUUUGGCCUCGGUUUCAUUCUUCCUGUUGGACUCUUGUUCUUCCGUCUUCGGUUGAUCAACUCAUCGCAGUAUAAGAAGCAUGCGAUGAAGACGCACAUUCCAUACUGGCUAGUGAUUAAGCGCUAUUGGAGACCCAUGCUCGGAACAUCUCUGGCAUGGUUUUUCUACGAUUUUGUUACUUACCCGUUCGGAAUCUUUGGUUCCACCAUCAUCGGAACUCUGAACCCCAACAACACCCUCGUCCAAAACAUCGGCUAUGGCACUGUUCUCAACUGCUUUUACCUUCCUGGAACUCUUAUUGGCGGUCUUCUCAUGGACAAGAUUGGUCGCAAGCAGACCAUGGCACUGGGUUUCUUCCUCUGGUCGAUUCUUGCUUUCAUCAUUGGAGGCGCUCUCAACCCCAUCACGAGUGUAUUCCCGCUCUUUGUCGUUUUGUACGGAAUCUUCAACACCCUUGGAGAAAUGGGACCAGGUGUUGGCACUUUUCUCUGCGGAGCUGAAUCCUUUCCAACGCCAGUACGAGGCCACUUUCUCGGUCUUGCCGCUGCCGUUGGAAAAGCAGGUGCUGCGAUUGGGACCCAAGUUUUUACACCCAUUCAAAACUCUUUUUCGGAUUCGCAAAAGGGAGUUCAGGGAGUCUUUCUUAUCGGCGCCGCAUUUGCCAUGGUUGGCUCUCUUGUCACAUGGUUCUUGAUCCCUGACAAGGAGAAGGACCUUGAAAGUGAAGACACCCGAUUCCGUGCGUAUCUUGAGGAGAAUGGAUAUGAGGGAACUUUUGGAGAAGCAGCCGAUGACGAAAAUAAAAGCUCUGCUUUCCAUAUUUAG